AUGCUGCACCCCACCACCGCUCUCCUUCUUGCCCUCUCCGUGGCCGUCUUCCUCGUCGCCUCAGCCGCUGCAGACAAAGAUGACGACCAUGAGCCUAUCCGGCGCAAGUUCCUCGACUGGAUGACGACCCACAACAAGUCCUACGUCAACCCAGAGUUGGCCCACCGGUGGAACGUGUGGCGCGAGAACUACCGCUUCAUCGAGGAGCACAACCGCCAGAACCGCACCUACAGCCUGGGCAUGAAUCAGUUUGGCGACCUCACCUUCGACGACUACAAGGCGCUCUACACCGUCACGAUGCCGCCGUUCAACGCUUCCAACUACGACGUCCACAAUGCCACCUCCUCCGGCCUCGCCCGUCGGAACGUCGACUGGAGGAACCAGAACUGUGUACAGAGAGUCAAGAACCAGGGUUCGUGCGAGUCGAAUUAUGCGUUCGCCGCCAUCGGCGCCCUUGAAACUGCCUACUGUCUCAAGCACGAUGGUUAUCUCGCCGACAUGUCCGAGCAGCAUCUUGUUGACUGUGGCGGCCGGGGCUGCAGCGGCGGUUGGAUGCAUGACAUGUUCGCCUACCUCCAACGAAGUGGGGGCACUACGUUCCAGAGCGAGUAUCCCUACACGGGGAGAGUCGGUACCUGUCAGGCUCAGAGCAAAAGGAAGGUUGCGCAGGUUGAGUCGCACAAGAUGAUACGGCGAGGUGACGAGAAUGAUCUCAUGCAGGCGCUCUCCACGGUCGGGACCAUCGCCAUCGCCUACAACGCUGGGACCCAAGCGCACGCCUACUACCGAAGCGGAGUUCUAGACGUCCCCGGCUGCGGAAAUACUCCCACCCACGCCGUGCUGCUCGUCGGCUACGGUAACGAGGGUGGCAAGGACUACUGGCUCCUCAAGAACUCGUGGGGCACAAGUUGGGGCGAAGCUGGCUACUUCAAGUUGGUACGCGGCAAAAACAUGUGUGGCAUCGCCGAUUGGGCCUCCUAUCCCGUCGUCGUUUAA